AAUUGCCAUCAAACAUAAUUCCAAAUCAUGACAUUUAGUAAUUCAACAAUUCAUAAACUAGGAAGAUCAAGAUCAUGUCAAACUCUAGUUUCUUGAGAGCUAUAAAUUAAAUCUUUUUAGUUUGCCAAUCAAGUUGCCCUUCACUCACUCAUCAACAAACUGCCAUCUUUCUCAUGCAUGUUCAUAUAUUACAGCGCAGAUAGAUAGAUGGAUACAUAGAUGGUUUCUUAUGAUGGGGUGAUGAUGACAAGCAUGAUGAAUAUGAUGAUGAGUUUUAGCCCGACGAUGAACGUAUUCUGCGACGAAAAUCUGUUCCACCAGAUGAACGGCGGCGGGGGCGGCUGGGAGGAGACACUGAUGAGGUCCGGUGGCGGUGGUGGUGGCGGCGGCGGUGAUACAGAUGAGGAGGUCAUCCAUGGGGAAAAUGCUUGCUUCCAGCAGCUUACACAGCUGCAGCCAACGGCAGGGACAGAUGACUAUAAGUCAGAGUAUACUUCGAGUGAUUCGGCUGCAGUUUCGGCGGCUUCAUGGGAUAAUCAAACACCACUUAGCAUUGCAGACAGGGUGCAGAGGCGUCUAGCACAAAAUCGUGAAGCAGCUCGGAAAAGUCGUCUCAGGAAAAAGGCAUAUGUUCAGCAAUUAGAAACCAGCCGCAAGAAACUCACACAACUUGAAUUGGAACUUCACAAAGCCAGACAACAGGGACUUCAUAUUUUAGGCGCCACGCGCAACAUAGCACUCUGUGGAGCUAUAAAUCCAGGAAUUGCUGCAUUCGAGAUGGAAUACGCACAAUGGGUUGAAGAGCAGCAAAUGAGAAUUUCACAGCUUAGAAACGCUUUGCAUGCUAACGCGCACGACGCUGAGCUGCAGUUACUUGUGGCCAACGCCUUAAACCACCACUAUGGUCUCUUCCAAAUGAAAGCCGGUGUGGGGAAAGCAGACAUAUUCUACUUGAUAUCGGGAAUGUGGCAAACUCCAAUUGAGCGAUUUCUCCUAUGGCUUGGAGGAUACAAACCAUCCGAAUUUAUAAACGUUAUAUUGCCACAAAUCGCACCCUUAAACGAAGAGCAGUUCUUGAGCGUGUACGACCUGCAACUCAGUUGCCAACAAGCCGAGGACGCACUCAACCAAGGAAUGGACAAAUUGCAACAAUUCAUGUUCCACAGCAUGAGACUUGUAAGCAUGGGAACGACGAGUUGCAACACGCAGUUAGUGUCAGCUCUAGAGAAAUUACAAUCACUCGAAACCCUCGUCAACCAGGCUGAUAACCUCCGACAACAAACGUUGCAGCAGAUGUGUCGUAUUCUCACAACCAGGCAAGCCGCAAGAGGAUUGAUUGCAUUUGGGGACUUCUUCCAACACCUACGUGAGCUUAGUUCAAUCUGGGUUUCCCGUCCUUAUGGAAUCUAAAACUAAUAUAUGAAUGUAGCUUCUUUGUAGUAAACUAGAUUUGCCAUUGUAAGUAACUCAUAGGUGUACUAUGUUGUUAUUGCCCAAGGUGAUAUAUGGCAAAAGAAACCUAUGUAAAUGCGAGAGUACAAAUGUUGUUCUUGAUCUAAGUAAGAAUGUGCAUUAAUGUUUAGUAACAUGGGCUGGAUUGUUCAGCAGUUCAAGACGGAACUGGACCGAAGACCAAACUAAACAAAGUCAUGGACCAAAAACUGGACCAAAUCGGCCGGACCAAAAUACUGAACACCAUAAAAUAUGUUUUGUAAU